AUGGAGGCACAUUUCAGAGAACACCAUCCGGCGCAAUCUAUUGAUCUCACUUCUCAGGCAGCUCGCAAGUUCCUAGAACCUUCGUCUGCCGUCCCAGAAAGGGUACACAGGAUUGAACGCUGCAGCAACGAGAAUUUCGGGUGCUCAGCUGCAAAAGAGCAGCCCUAUGACAGCGAUUUAAAAUACGUGCUCCCACCAGGGGAGAGUGCCAGCGCAGUGGAAGGGGGGCGUGACCGUGUUGAUUCGGGAGUCACCUCCAAGUCGCAGAACGGUUCCAUGCCUGAAAAUGGAUGCCAUGAGAAUUUCCUUCUUUCCGAAAGUAUUCGCAACGCUACUCGUAGGGCGAAGACGCCGCUGUACCUGGCGUACUACGACUGA